UAGCACCGGUCACUCUUCCUGCAGUCAUCGAGAUGCGGUCCGCGACCGACACGUGCUUUCACCGGCCCAUUGGUUUUAUCCAUGGGCCAUUCCCUCCACGAUUAUUGAACUGGUGAAUUGAUGCUAACCGCACUUCCUGGACAUAGUCGCGCGAAAGCGCAUUGUAGCCCAUUAUGCCUGCGAUGCUGGACGACCCGACUGCUGCCAUUAUCUACCGCACUUCUGGCAGCAUGCCAUACCCUACCGCGGGGACACCGCUUCCUCCUGACAUUAUACCCCGCCAAGUCAUCCUCAGAGAUAGAAUCACGACGGCUACCUUGUUACCUUUCUCUUCGCCGGAUCAGGCACCGGUGUCGUUGGUAGCAUACCUGUCAGAUCAACUCAAUCGCGAAAUCGAGAAAGGCGACACGUACCCCAUGAUUACCCCACUACCUCUCGAGUCCUUUGGCCCAUACUGGUUUGGUGUGUUUGGUGCUGUCAUGCUUCUGGGAGACAUACAGAGCCCUACGGAGCUUCUCGAUAUGGAGAGACAAGGACGAGAUUGGGAAAAGGCCUGUCUUGGGAGUUUUUACAUCAAGCCAAACUAUCCUGGCCGGUCCAGCCACGUCUGUAACGCUGGCUUCAUAGUCACAGAUGGUGCGCGAAAUCGAGGUGUUGGUAGACUGAUGGGAGAAUGCUACCUGGAUUGGGCUCCGAAGCUUGGCUACUCAUAUUCUGUAUUCAACCUCGUCUACGAGACCAACGUUGCAUCUUGCCGUAUUUGGGAUGCUCUCGGCUUCAAACGUAUCGGUAGAGUCAAAGGAGCUGGAAACCUCAAAUCAUACCCGGACGAACCGGUCGAUGCGAUAAUCUACGGGCGAAGUCUUGGAGGAGACGAUGAUUUUGUUUCCGAGGAGAGAUUCGACAAGAUCAGAUACUAUCUCAAAUACGACAAAUACCCCGAUGGUGCAGAUCGUGCGGAAAAGAGCAGACUGAGGAGCGCUUCACUACACUACAGCCUCAUCCCAGCCUCCGGCGACGAGCCAGAGAAAUUGAUGCUCAAGGGAAAAGAAGUGAUUCCGGACCCUCAAAAGCAGUACGAAAUCGCUCGAACUUUCCACCUAGACAGGCACGGUGGAAUCAACAAGACCACGGCCGCGAUCGCCGAGAAAUACCACUGGGUGAGAAUCAAGGAGACAGUCAGCCUGGCCAUACGACACUGUCCAGAGUGCGGCGAACCCAGCAAAGCGGAGCCUGCACGGCCAGCUGCCUCGACACGACACAACGCUUCUCGACAAACAUCGUCUCCUCCAAAAGCGAGAUCACCGUCUCCGAGUCAACAACUUCAGCAGGAGGCUUCGGGGGCUAGCCUCCCGGAGAUUGAGCAGCAGCUUGAAGCUUACGGGAGUUCAAGUUAUCAAGUACCAGAACCGGUGUAUUAUCGAGAAGGCGACAUGCCGGUUGACCCUCAGCUCAUGAACCCUACUCUCGAGCAUCCACCAUCACCCUUCCUUUCGGCGGCUGUGUCAACGCCUGCUGAUGGUAGUUCGGCGCAGGAUACACCGAUGACAGGAACUAAUGACUCCAAGUCUGCAAUGUCGCAUUUGACACAACAAAUGGCCCAUAAUACCACAUACAAUCCAUCGGGAAGAAGACAAUGAGCAUCACGAGGAGAGUCCAGAUCACCCUCAUCUGAUACGCUAUUGCUUUCGAUUCUUACGUUCAUAGGGGAGGUUGUUGUCAUGUUUUGAUGUCCCCUCAUACGUUACUGUGGGCUUCGGCUUCAACAGAAAAAGAAGAAUUCCUAUGUAGUAGAAUAGACUACGGCUGCCUUCUGAGACCAGCCUCAUAUCUGCGUCGUGGUACGCCAAUGCUGUUAUAACUCGUGUUUGCGCAUCAUCUGAUCGGGAGUAAUCCAACCGAUGGGACGAGUUCAGUCUUCACCCCUCAGCGCUACAACCAUUGUCCAGUACUAGGAUGCAAGUGUGGGCAUGCCGUCCCUUUCAUCUCGUCUCGACUUGUUAUGAGGUGUUGAAGCACCACCAACUGCGGCAAGUAGGCUUACUGUCAGCGUGUGAAAUCUCUCUGAUUAAAACUGUUAGAAUAUGCCGAAGCGCCGAAAUACCUCCAAUGGUGGUGCGUAAGUGUGCC